AUGCACACGAGUUUCCUGCGACGUAAACUGGACUACUCAACGCUGAAGAGAGUUGGGCUGCAGUCCUCGCGAUUCAAUGGCUUCCUGAAAUCGGUCCCUGCGGGGAUCAGCUCCCCCAGAGCCCUCCAUGUUCCUCGCCGCAUACCCGUCACCCAAUAUCGGAGGGUCCAGCAACUCUCUCGUCCGUCGCCCUUCCUCGCAAUUCCCAUCAGACACAAGUCUGUGUCGGCGAAAAUACAGGCGGCGAGACGAUCGCCUGUUGUAAAUUUUCUAUACAAGCUCUUUGCGCUCUCCGGGUUUUUCAUCAUUUCCAGCGGUGCCGCCAUUGUCGCGUUCUUCAUCUACGAUGCCACCACCUAUCGCGAGGAUCCCAACGCGGAGGAUGUUCCUGUGUCAGAGUUGGCGUUGAACCCCAGACGGGGUGGCCCCAAGAAUCUCCCCAUAGCAGAGGUUCUGAUCGAUGAUAAUGACUCGGAUGCCAUGGUGGCCCAGAGGGAUAAACCGAAGUUGGUGAUACUUGGGACCGGAUGGGGAAGCGUUUCGCUGUUGAAGAAUCUGAACCCGGGUGACUAUCAUGUGACUAUUGUAUCGCCAGUCAACUACUUCCUAUUUACUCCGUUGCUACCCUCUGCGACAACAGGGACGCUGGGGCUCAGAUCUUUGGUCGACCCUAUCCGACGGAUUGUGCAGCAUCUGAACGCCCAUUUCGUCAAAGCUGAGGCGGAAGAUGUCGAUUUCUCGCAUAAGCUGGUAGAAGUAUCUCAGGUGGACGCAAAUGGAAAUAAGCAGCACUUCUAUCUGCCGUAUGACAAACUCGUUAUCGGCGUGGGUUCUACCACCAAUCCCCAUGGAGUAAAGGGUCUAGAAUACUGUCACUUCCUCAAGUCAGUCGAUAAUGCUAGAGCCAUCAAGAACAAGGUGUUGGAGAACCUGGAACUUGCGUGUUUGCCCACAACUUCUGAUGAAGAGCGGAAACGGCUGUUGUCUUUCGUGGUUUGCGGCGGUGGUCCCACUGGUGUCGAAUUCGCCGCAGAACUCUACGAUUUGCUGAACGAGGAUCUCCUCUACGCCUUUCCAAAGAUCCUGAGGAACGAGAUAUCGGUCCACGUUAUCCAGAGUCGAAGCCACAUUCUCAACACGUACGAUGAGGCACUUUCGAAGUAUGCCGAGGCCCGUUUUGCCCAUGACCAGGUCGAGGUUUUGACCAACUCUCGGGUCAAGGAAGUCCGACAGGACAAGAUCCUCUUCACCCAGAAGGAAGGUGAUAAGACUGUCGUGAAGGAGAUCCCAAUGGGUUUCUGUCUCUGGUCAACCGGUGUCUCUCAAACCGAAUUUGCCAAGAAGAUUGCAAAGAAGCUUCAAGGACAAAAUAACAAGCAUGCUCUUGAGACCGAUUCUCACCUGCGACUCAUUGGCGCACCCUUGGGCGAUGUCUAUGCUAUUGGCGACUGCUCCACGGUUCAGAACAACUUGGCAGACCACCUUGUCACCUUCCUGCGCACUCUAGCCUGGGAAAAGGGCAAGGACCCAGAAAAGAUCCAUUUGUCUUUCAAGGAAUGGAGAGAGGUUGCAAACCGAGUCAAGAAGCGUUUCCCUCAGGCAUCCAGCCACUUGCGUCGGGUUGACAAACUCUUCGAAGAGUACGACAAAGACCAGUCUGGGACUCUCGACUUCGGCGAACUUCAUGAACUUCUCCGCCAGAUUGACUCCAAGCUGACCUCCCUUCCGGCUACCGCACAGCGCGCUAAUCAGCAAGGCCAGUAUCUUGGAAAGAAAUUCAACAAGAUCGCCGCCGCACUUCCGGGCAUGAGAGCCAACGAAAUCGACUACGGUGACCUUGACGAGGCUGUCUACAAGGCAUUCCAAUACAGACAUCUCGGUAGCCUCGCCUAUGUCGGAAAUGCAGCAGUGUUCGAUUUUGGCGGUCUCAAUUUUAGCGGCGGCCUUUUGGCGGUCUACCUUUGGCGCAGUGUCUACUUUGCUGAGAGUGUCAGCUUGCGCACCCGUAUCAUGCUGGCUAUGGAUUGGGCUAAGAGAGCACUUUUUGGAAGAGGUACGCAUAUUUCCUAUAUCCCCCCCCCCAGAUGA